AUGACGACAACGACAACGGCAGCAGCCAUCGAACAGAGAUUGGCGUUCUGUACUCUGGGCAUGUUUAUUAUUGACGAGAUCGAAUACAUCAACGGCAAAGCGCGCGAACAAAGCAUCAUAGGCGGUGCCGGCACAUACGCCGCUCUCGGGGCACGCCUGGCAGCGGGCGGGCACCAGGCCAAAUAUGUCUCCUGGAUCGUCGACAUGGGUUCCGACUUCCCCUCCGAGCUCAAAGACGUGAUCGAUUCAUGGCAGACGAGUUGUAUUUUUCGACGCGAUCUGAACCGGUUGACCACGCGAGCAUGGAACGGGUACGGACCUAACGAGUAUCGAGCUUUCAAAUACCUGACGCCCAAGCUACGGCUCGAGGAGAACUCAUUGUCAGACGAGCAAGUUCUCGCGCGAGCGUUCCACAUGGUGUGCUCAGCUGCGCGCUGCAUCUCGCUUGUCCAGGGGAUCAUGGCGCGGCGGCGGCAGCUUGCGAUGGACGAGCCGCGCCCGGUUUUUGUGUGGGAGCCUGUACCGGACCUGUGCACGCCGGAGGAACUCGAGCGACUUCGCGAAGCCACUGCGCACGUUGACGUGGUCAGUCCGAACGCGGACGAGUUUGCGGCAUUCUUCACAUCAACGCCAGAACACGCAGAUCGCGAGGCCGCAGUGGAAUAUCUUCUCCGCUCGAGGGACGCCCAGGGCCAAGCUCGGCCGCUGAAGACCGCUCUGGUGAUUAGAGAAGGGGCCCAUGGCUGCACAACCUACUUGGGACCGUCUCAUCUGCAUCUUCACGCGUACCACCAGAGAUCCGAGCGAGUGCUCGACCCCACCGGCGGCGGAAAUACAUUCUUAGGCGCGUUGGCAAUUGCACUGACUGGUACAGCGUCUCCAGGGGAAGGUAUCCCGGAGUUGUUAAGUGUUCCUCAGUCGAUAUUUCAGCCUCAGAAGCUGCUGUUUGCCCUGUUACAUGCUACGGUCGCGGCAAGCUAUGCGAUCGAACAGACAGGAAUGCCUACGCUGUCGGAUUCAGAUCCUGAUUCCUGGAAUGGCGACCCAUAUUCACACCGUUUCCUAGCGUAUUGGGGGCGAGAAAAGGCACAUGUAGUCGGACAGCUCUCGAGACAGCUUCUGUCAGAUACGUGA